AUGGCGCAGCAGCCCCAACCCCCAAGCGUCCAUUUGCAUAUACCCCAGUCCACCAGCACUGACUCCAGUGGUACAAUCACGCCCAUAUCCCAGCAUUCGGCCGCCCUGCCCUCGGCCGCUGCAUCUACUCUCGAAACUGCUUCCUCCAAAGAAACACAAAGUCUUUCCACUACGCUUGCGGGGCAACCCUCUACCUCGAAGCCUGCGCAGCCGCGCGUAGACGACCAGUCCUUGGCCUUCAACAAGUUCAUUCUGUAUGAGAACCGACUGCGCUUCUAUGUUGUCGCGUCGAACACCUCCGACUCACGACACCGCAUAAUCAAGAUUGACCGGACAUCACAGGAUGAGCUUGACGCGGUCGAGGAUGAGGCCAUAUACAGCGGCAAGCAGAUGAGCAAGAUGCUCGAGAUGCUCGAGAACGGCAACAAGGGUUGUGGUGGUCUUGGGAGGGCCAGGAUGUUUUUCGGUGUCGCAGGGUUUAUCAAGUUCACCGCCGGGUGGUACAUGAUUCUCAUCUCAAAGCGUUCCGUCGUCGCACUCAUCGGAGGACACUACGUGUAUCACUGUGAGAGCACGGAUAUCAUACCGGUUGCGUUCAACCACAAGAUAGACAAACCUGCCGAAGAGCAGCGCCUCUUGAAUAUCUUCAAGCAGGUGGAUAUGACCAAGAACUUCUACUUCAGCUACACCUAUGACCUCACCUCGACCUUGCAACACAACCUUACCAGGAGCGGUCUUUCGCCGUGUAGACAAUGGGACAUGAACGACAGAUUCGCGUGGAACCACUACCUGCUCACAGCCGCCUUCGGCACAACCUCCGGGCCCUCCACAAAGUCGCACUGGUUAGUUCCCCUUAUGCAUGGACAUGUCGACCAAGCCAAGUUGACGGUCUUGGGACGCGUGGUCUUCAUUACGCUCAUGGCACGGAGGUCCCGCCACCACGCAGGCGCGCGGUAUCUAAAACGUGGAGCCAAUGAUGAGGGUAAUGUGGCGAACGAAGUCGAGACGGAGCAGAUCAUCUCAGAGACCUUGACGACUCCGUUCUACUAUCCUGCCCCGAAGGAUGGUCCGGACGGAAAGCAGGGCCGGCGUCCAAGCCCGAACUACACCAGCUACGUCCAAUAUCGAGGGAGCAUUCCGAUCUUCUGGACACAAGAAGUCACGAGCAUGGUGCCGAAGCCUCCGAUUGAGAUCCCCGUCAUGGACCCGUUCUACACUGCUGCCGCGCGUCAUUUCGACGACCUAUUCAAGCGAUACGGCCAACCGAUCAUGAUCCUCAACCUGGUCAAGAAGCGGGAGCCGCAGCCUCGCGAGUCCAAACUUCUGGAGGAGUACACCCAAUGUGUACGGUACCUCAACCAAUUCCUACCCAGUGAUAAACGGAUGCUGUACCGCGCAUGGGACAUGGCUCGUGCCUACAAAGAGAAAACGCAAGACGUGAUCAGCUACCUGGAAGACAUCGCGGAAGAGUCCAUCGAGAUGACCGGAUUCUUUCACACCGGCCCCGAGCCGUAUUCUCAUUACCUGCAGACCGAGUCUGACACCAUAUCUGUCCAGAACGGAAUCUGUCGGACCAACUGCGUCGACUGUCUAGAUCGCACAAAUGCUGCACAGUUUGUAUUCGGAAAGCGCGCCCUAGGUCAUCAAUUAUACGCCCUCGGUGUAGUCGACACGCCGAAUCUCGCAUUCGACUCCGACGCAGUAAACAUGCUUACCGAGAUGUAUCAUGACCAUGGUGAUAGCUUGGCCCUGCAGUAUACUGGUAGUGCGCUCGUGAACCGCGUGGAGACGUACCGCAGAAUGCCUCACUGGAACAGCCACUCGCGCGACAUUAUCGAGAACCUCCGUCGAUUCUAUGCCAACUCUUUGCUUGACGCGGACAAGCAAACAGCCAUCAACUUGUUCCUAGGUGUGCCAGCGGAGAAGACGAGCACACGCGCUCCUCCUCAGCGGGGAAACUACCAGAAGUGGUUCAAGGACGAACAUCUCCAAACGGCAUAUCCACAGGAGGACUGCGAGAAAGCUGUCAGGCAAUACGUCAAUACUCGGGGCGACUACUGGAUAGAGUAUUAUCGACCACUGCUCUUCACAUCCCUUGGCAAGCACUUCGCUUUCUCCAUGAACAGCACUCUCAAGCUGCCGGGGUAA